GCUUUGACUGGGUUCCCAUCUGAACGGCCCUCCAUACACACAGGCAAGGUGCUGAAGUUUGCCCGCUGAGACAGGUUGCCACAAAGCUCUACCAGAGAGGUAGCCAUAGCCACAGAGAGAGAGAGAGAGAGAGAGAGAGAGAGAGAGAGAGAGAGAGAGAGAGAGAGAGAGAGAGAGAGAGAGAGAGAGAGAGAGAGAGAGNGAGAGAGAGAGAGAGAGAGAGAGAGAGAGAGAGAGAGAGAGAGAGAGAGAGAGAGAGAGAGAGAGAGAGAGAGAGAGAGAGAGAGAGGGACAAAAAAGGUGUGUGGCUGUAGACUUGGGACUGAAAUUGUGCACGUGCUGAAGGAGAGAUGGCAACGGCUGUGGUUCGCUCAGCGGCAGGUUUGGCAAUCGGGACAGGAAAUGUGGCACAGAGCAAUGGACUGUUGAGGGAGCUACACACGGCGGACGCAUCUUGUGUUUCAGCAAGGAAGGCGUCAUACACUCCUGCUCCAAUAAGUCAGAAUUUCUCGAAUGCCGCGUGCUUGUCCAGCAGAAGAUGUUUGGAGGCCUCAGUGGCAGAGAAGAGCACUGGUAGGCGUGCAAGGUCGUCAAUCCCUGCCGGCGGCAUUGCGAUUGCCAUUGCCGCACAUGCCGCAGGCCAGCAGCAGGCAUGUGAUAUCACCCCUCAUCUGUGUCCAAAUGGCGGACGUUUUGCAGCAGCAGAACACCUGCAUAUUGGGGAAGAAGGAGGUAGAUGGGCGACAGCGGUACCUUCAAUGGGUGUGUACCGUCACCGCCGCCGCCGCGGCCGCCACCGCCACCCCAUUUGUGCGGCAUCGGCGGCCUCCGGCGGCAAAGGGGCUCCAGCCUCUGGCGGCAAGGGGGCUGCGUCCUCUGGCGGCAAGGGGGCUGCGUCCUCUGGCGGCAAGGGGGCUGCGUCCUCUGGCGGCAAGGGGGCUGCGUCCUCUGGCGGCAAGGGGGGUGCAGCCUCUGGCGGCAAGGGGGGUGCGGCAUCCGACACCCCGAAUAUUGCCAAGGAUGUCACACAACUGAUUUGCAACACGCCAAUGGUCUAUCUCAACAAGGUGGUGAAUGGGUGUGUGGCAAACGUGGUAGCGAAGCUUGAACUCAUGGAACCGUGUUCCAGUGUGAAGGAUCGGAUAGGGUAUAGUAUGAUUAAGGAUGCUGAAGAGAAGGGACUAAUUAGCCCGGGAAAGACGGUCCUUGUGGAGCCAACAAGUGGGAACACGGGAAUAGCAUUGGCAUUCAUUGCGGCGGCGAGAGGGUACAAGCUGAUCCUGACGAUGCCGGCGUCGAUGAGCAUUGAACGGCGUGUGCUGCUCAAGGCCUUUGGCGCGCAGCUGGUCCUCACUGACGCGGCACAUGGGAUGAGAGGAGCUGUCCAGAAGGCAGAGCAGAUCGUCAAGGCGACUCACAACGCCUACAUGCCCAACCAGUUUGAGAAUCCGUCAAACACUAAGAUCCAUUACGAAACCACGGGGCCUGAGAUCUGGAAAAAUACAGGGGGAAAGGUCGACAUUUUUGUGGCAGGCAUUGGGACUGGAGGGACCAUCACCGGGGUCGGUCGCUAUCUCAAGGAGAAAAACCCUAAUAUCAAGGUGAUAGGUGUCGAGCCCAGUGAAAGCAAUGUUCUGUGCGGAGGUAAGCCUGGCCCACACGACAUUCAGGGGAUUGGCGCGGGAUUCGUGCCAAGCAUUCUAGAUGUUAACAUCCUCGAUGAGGUCAUCGCCAUCUCCAGCGACGAGUCAGUGGAGAUGGCAAAGCAACUGGCACUGAAGGAGGGAUUGCUCAGUGGGAUCUCGUGCGGCGCGGCAGCCAUCGCCGCCAUUCGAGUGGCAAGAAGACGUGAAAACAAAGGGAAACUUGUUGUCGUCAUUUUCCCAAGCUCCGGCGAAAGGUAUAUAACAUCUGUCCUCUUCAGCUCUCUCCGANCAAGCUCCGGCGAAAGGUAUAUAACAUCUGUCCUCUUCAGCUCUCUCCGAGACGAGGUCAUGAAAAUGGAGCCGCAAUUGUAGCCAAAGGCUGGACGGUGAACGAAAGGGGGGCGACACAAAGAAAAUGAGCACACAUAGGGGGUCCUCGCUCCACCACGCUCGAUUCUAUGCAAAAAUCGAGAGUGAGUGGGUUGAGAUGUAAUGGUUGUAAGAGAUGACAGCUUCAAGUUGUGUACUGUUUUUUGAACUCAUCUAAUAAUAACUUGAUAAGUUUCAUGUCGGCAAAGCAAGGGCCUCGCUUCACCCCUCUCCACUCGAAAUGUGCAAAACUAGAGUGAAUCUUCCGCUAGAACAAGGAAAGGUAUAUCGCCAUGAUUUUUGUCUUUUGUGCAUUUCCAGAGUAGUGGAGCGACGCCCCAAGUGCCGGCCAUUGCUUGACUUCUACUCUAUUUGAGAGAUGGGGCCGUGGCUCGACUGCUCUCGAUUCUCUACCCAUUUUGUACUACUAUAGAGGGGCAAAAAAAGAGGAGGAAAGUAUUCAAUGCACCUGGCCGUCACGACUGGAGGUGAACAGUAGGUUAUCAAGAGCGGCGCGGACCUCCCUCCAAGUUUUGGUUUGUGGAGGCUGUGCACUCUCGUCUCAGGGAGAGUGUGCUCUCGCUGACAGUCUCAAUUUUGGAAAUCGAGAGUCGAACCAAGAGUGCAGUGGAUUUCUCUCUUUUUCGCAAAAUUGAGAGUUGUGGGGCCCAUACACUUCUUCUUUUUUCAAAAUUUGUUCAUUAGCGGCAAGAAACUCUGAAUGGUUAUUGAUCACAAUUUCCAAUCAGUCGUUACUCAUUUAGAACUAAGCCUCUUGGAAAAGUUUCAUUAUGACUGCCAGAAAUUUCUUUUGACAUAGCUACAAAAUU